GAUCUCAUAAAAAUGUUUACGAUGAUUUCGCGGGCAAUUCUCAUAUUAAAUAUGUUCUUCCUUUUAACCGCAAUAUGUCAACCGCUUUAUGAUGAUGCACCAAGAAGAUUAUUGAAGAGAAGAUUAGGUGAUCUUGAUGAUCGGACGGUUGUUGUAGAAAAAAUAGGUGGUUUGAGAGUACAAGACGACGAAAAUGAUGAUGACGAUGAUCGGACGGUUGUUGUAGAAAAGAUAGCGGGAUCGAGGCUACCGGAUUGUUCCCACGCAUGUGGAUCAUGCUCCCCAUGUAAGCUAGUAACCGUUAGAUUAGUUCCUUGUUCCAUUCCGGCUGAGGCUGAACCAUGUCCACUCGCUUAUAGGUGCAUGUGUCAAAACAAGCUCUUUCCCGUUCCUAGAUAAAUAGAAAUGUAUAAAAUUGUAAAAAUAUCAUAAUUAUGUUUGGUUACUUAAAUAACAUUUGUUUUGUAUUAUAAAAUAUUAUAUUUUUGAGUAA